AGACGUCUCCACUGUCCCAGAAACACAAUACACCUGAACCUAUUCCUGGCCUUCGUCCUACGGGCGCUCCUGUCAUUCCUCAAGGACAGUCUGCUGGUGAUUCACUUGGGCCUGCGAAAUGACGUCAUAGAGGUGUCUCCCGGUCAAUUCAUUUUCGAUCCGACAGGAUCGGUGAGUCCCUGAAUGGUUAAUUCAUGUUUAAUGGCCGGAGAAGGAUGUCCCUCGUAUGUGCCUCUUGGGUAAUGAUAGAAGAUGCAAUUGUUAUGUUCUAUUUAACAAACUCUAAACUCGAAAUCUUUCUUUAAAAAAAAAAAAGUUUGAUGGAUGAAUGGAGGAGGAUCGUUCACAUGUCAUCUGUGGCGCCCCAACGGUCCAAGGACUAAGGGACAUGAUGAUGAUGAUUAAUGAAUAAUGGGGUAUAUUUUUUAAAGUAUAACCCUACCAGGCCACCAGCUAAAAUGAACGGCAAAUGGAUAACCAUCGUAGAAACCUUAGACAGUCCGCGAAAUACUUUUCUUAUGUUUAGCUUGGCGCUCUUGUGCAACUGGCCUGUUGCUGUUUCAUCUAAUGCGGUUCUCUUUCUGUACAUCACAUCCCGCAGCACUGGCAGUGUAAGAUGUUGUUCACCACCUUCAACUACGUCCAGCUGACCAGCAGCACGUGGGUCUUCCUGGAAGGUCUUUACUUGUAC